AUGAAGAAUAAAACAGAGGAAUUAGAUCCUGAUAUGCUUGGACUUUUAAAAUGUGCUUUUAAUGGAGGUGUAAAAGUAAAAAGUGCUGCUGAAGUUGGUAGAAGAGCUGUAGAAUAUUUCAGAGGAGACGAUUUUUUUAAUUUUAUAAAUACUAAUAAAGAUAUGUUAAAAAAAAAAUUCCCAAAAUUAUUUGUAAAUAGAAAUUUAAUUGAUAGUAAGGAUAUUGAGGACUUUGCUGAUAUUUUUAUACAAAAAGGAUAUAUAUAUAAAGCCCAAUAUAAACCAAUUAAAGGAGUAAUUGAAAAGGACGAAAACGGGAUAUAUAAGAGACCUAAAUGGCCAAAAAGAUUAAUUAUGACUUCAAAGCAAAAUUUUGAUAAGACAAGUUUUUAUAUUUUAGUUCAUGAAAGAAAUAAAAAAUUGCAGUAUGUUAUGCUAAUAGGUCUAAUAACAAUAGUUUUAAUAUGUUGUAUGUUCCCAGUAUGGCCACUAAAGCUUAAAUUAGCAUUAUGGCAUCUUUCAGUUGUUUUUAUAACAAUAAUAUCAGUAAUAAUUGUAGGAAGAUUAUGCACUUUUGUCUUUUUUUGGUUUUUUGGAGUUGAUUAUUGGAUCUUUCCAAAUUUAUUUGAUGAAGACUGUAAUGUUAUUGAAUCAUUUUACCCCAUCCAAUCAUGGGUUUAUAGAAAAGAUACUUGGCUUCUUUUUGUUGCAAGAAUUUUCACUGCUAUUUUAUUAAGUAUAGGAAUUCAUCAAUUAGGAAAAACGCAUUCUAUUUCAGACAUUCGAAAUUUUGCAACUCAAUCCUUUAUUGAUAUUUUAGAAUGGGGUAAUAAGAAAUUAGCCGCUUCACCAGAAAAUGUAUCAAUGUACAAAUCUAUUGACGCAAAAGCUACAUUUGAAGGUGAAAAAGAAGAAGAAGAAGAAGUUAUAUAUGAUGAAAAUGAAGAAAAUUAUGACUGCCUAAAAAAAUGUGGUUUCCAAACAUUCGAAGAAUUAGUGAGGAGAUGCUUUUUAAAAUGUGAAUGCAUGGAGAAAAUUAUAAAGUCUGAUUGUUAUGAAAAAAGAUGUUCUAAAGUAACAAAAGAUGUUUUAGAUGAAGCACACAAAGAAGCUUGCUUUGAGAAAUCAGAGAGUUAA